CAGCUUGAUAAGGCAUAUCCACGGGAUUUCAUGCAAAGAGGAAGAGUGAGAAUUUUGCUGAAGCGGGAAGAUGGAACCCCUUAUAAUCCUGCCGUUUCUUCACGGAAACAGUUUAUGAUCCAGGUUGCAGAGUUGGUUCGAAGACAUCCUAAUAGGACUAAGAAGCAGGAGCCUGCAUCCUCUUCUGCAGCUGGUUCUUCAAAAUCUGGCAAGGGGGGUAAAAAGAAGAGAUAGGCUCGGGAGCCAACAUUUGAAUUUCUUCAAACCGAUUAGAGAUCUUAGGUCUGUUUUUGUCGGAAUACUAGUCCCUUCUUUUCGACUUGAUUUUGGGAGAUUUUCCAAAGACUUGUAAAGAAAGGAAAAUGGUGUAUGAGCUAUCCAAGAAUGUGCCAUAUUUGUAUCAUCGAUCUAGACAUUUUUGUUGUUU